ACCUCCCUGUCUUUGUAGCGGUGUGUGAAACGUCAGCGUUAUGCUGGCGGAAAUCUUGCAUUUAAGUAGUUAACACGUGUAGUUUAAUACAAGGUGUAAUAUAUUUAUUAAAGCUAAUAUGAAUACCGUGUUAUCACGUGCUAAUGCUAUAUUUGCAUUUUCUUUAAGUGUUUUGGCCGGUUUGACUUUUUUGUGCUUCCUUUCAACUGCAUUUAAUGAAUACCGUGCAGACGUUUCUGUCAGUACUGCUAAAGCACUCGUAAAGAAUGUUCCUGACUUUAGUGCAUCAAGGAAGAAAAAUGAUUUGGGUUUUGUUACUUUUGAUUUAAAUGCAGAUUUGACACAUCUAUUUAACUGGAAUGUGAAGCAGCUAUUUCUCUACUUAACAGCCGAGUAUGCCACAGAAAAUAACGUUAUUAACCAAGUGGUUCUUUGGGAUAAAAUCAUAAAGCGUUCUGAAAAUGCAACUCUUGAUUAUAAAAAAAUAAAUACAAAGUAUUAUUUCUAUGAUGAUGGUAAUGGCUUAAGAGGAAAUAAAAAUGUGACCCUUUAUUUAUCCUGGAACAUUAUACCAAAUGCUGGCAGUUUGCCAAAUAUCAAUGGUGAUGGAAGUCAUGUUUUCACUUUUCCAGAAGAGUACACGACUUCAAGAUUAUAGAACUGUGAAAGAUUUGUGACUCUUAAUUUAAUAAAUUUUCACAUUGUAUAACCUUCAAUUUGCAGUUGUGUUAUACAGGUGCAGUUAUUCCUGUUACGGUGAUAUUUUAAAAUUUGUAUGCCUGUUUGUAAUUACAUCACAUUUCUUAAUUAUAUCUUUUUCAAGACUACUUAAAUGCCUUCAAACAUUUCAUAAAUUUUAUUCACAUUAGUCAAAAUUGUUUUGAUCUUUUCUACCAUUUGGAUAAAAUAUGGGUUUUAAUACAAUUUGUAUUUGAUUCUAAAAUUAAAAUCAACUUUUUUGUCUUGUUAUCAGAAAUGUGUAUUAGAAAUCAGUUGCUAAUCAUGUUAUUAAAAUAUUCCAUAUAA